GAGGAGGUCACGUGACGCGCUCUCGCGGGCCAUGUCAGCUGAUCUCUGCUGAGCUGUGCGGCAGCGGCGAUGGAGUUUCUCCUGGGCAACCCUUUCAGCUCUCCCGUGGGGCAGCGCAUCGAGAAAGCUACUGAUGGCUCCCUACAGAACGAAAACUGGGCCCUCAACAUGGAAAUCUGUGAUAUCAUUAAUGAGACAGAAGAAGGCCCCAAAGAUGCUUUCCGAGCCAUAAAGAAAAGGAUUGUGGGGAAUAAGAACUUCCAUGAGGUGAUGCUGGCUUUGACAGUCCUUGAAACAUGUGUCAAAAACUGUGGCCACCGCUUCCACACGCUGAUUGCUAGCCAGGAUUUUGUGGAAGGUGUGCUGGUGCGAACUAUUCUUCCCAAAAACAACCCUCCGGCCAUUGUACAUGACAAGGUGCUGACCCUCAUACAGUCCUGGGCAGAUGCAUUCCGUAGUACACCAGACCUGACAGGAGUUGUGGCUGUUUAUGAGGACCUGAGGAGGAAAGGCUUGGAGUUUCCCAUGACUGAUCUCGAUAUGCUCUCACCCAUCCAUACACCGCAAAGGACCGUAUAUACCUCGGGCUCCCCUACCGGAGGGAAUUCACCAGCAGCAGACUCUCCUCAAGCAAUAGAGUCUAUUCUGCAUCCUGUGUCUCUCCCUGUCUCUCCAGGGGCCACCACAGAUGCCCCCAUCACACCAACACCAGACCAGAUUGGGAAACUACGCAGCGAGUUGGAAGUGGUGAAUGGGAAUGUGAAAGUGAUGUCUGAGAUGCUCACAGAGCUUGUGCCAGGACAAGCUGAAACCUCCGACCUUGACCUGCUCCAGGAACUGAACCGGACAUGUAAAGCGAUGCAGCAGCGUGUGCUGGAGCUGAUCCCCCGCAUCCUCAAUGAACAGCUAACAGAGGAGCUGCUCAUUGUCAAUGACAACCUCAACAACAUUUUCCUGCGCCACGAACGGUUCGAACGGCUCCGAUCUGGCCAGCCUGCUAAGCAGCUAAGCAAUGCAGAAAAUGCAAGCAAUUUGGUUGAUGUGGGACCUAAAGCAGUAGAAAAAAGCCCAGAAGCCGCCUCCACGCUUUCAUCUCAGCUUGCAGAAAUGAAUCUGGGUUCCGGGAGCGUCAGUGCAGGACUGCAGUCCCUCAACAAUUCUGGCAAGCUGGAGGAAGAGUUUGACAUGUUUGCACUGACCCGAGGCAGCAACUUGGCCGAUCAGCGCAAAGAGGUGAAAUAUGAAGACCCUCUGGCCAGGCAAGGACUAGCUGGAGCCUUGGAUGCCCGGCAACAGAACACAGCAGCGCCAGAGCCAGGUGCUUCCACUGAUGGAGCCCCAAUCGCAAACUGGAUGAUGCGCCAAGGAAUGGUUCCCGUCCCCCAAGCUGCCAUCAUGGAAGAUAUUGAGCAGUGGCUCUCUACUGAUGUGGGAAACGACACAGUGGAUCCAAAGGGAGUCACCAGCGAAGAGUUCGACAAGUUCCUGGAAGAGCGAGCAAAAGUGGCAGAACGGCUGCCUACACUUCCCAGUCCCCCGACUGGAGCUCCUUCCUCCAACAGCAGCUCUGGCCCUCCGCGGAAGAAGGACAAAGAAGAGGAGGCGAUGUUUGCUUUAUGAACCCUACUGUGGACUGGUGUGCUGUGGUUUCAAGAGGACCUGUGUGCUGCACUGCACUCCUCUUUCUUGGGGUGGGAGAGGAAGGAAGCAAAAGGAGAGUGUGUUGGGGAAGAGACACCUUUCCCCCACCCCACCCUUUCCUCUCCUCCUGCCUCCUUUUCUAGGCUGCUUUGGGGUUAGAUUAAUCAUUGCUGCAUUUGGGGGUGCAAGAGAGAAACAAGCGGGAAGGGUUUGCAGAGCUGCCAAAUGGGUCGCCCGGUGAGUCGGCGGGCUUGGGGUUCCUCCUUUGUGGGCAAGACAGUUUCGUUGUUCCUUUCCUGAUGAAGAGACUAUUAAGAAUCCAUGCUGGAAAUAGCUAGUGGGAUCUGUAGUUUCUUACCAGCCCUAUAGGCAGCUGCACUGCGUUGUAAAACCGAGCAGCUCCCCUCUCGUCUAUGUCUUUUCCAUCCUUUGCCCUCCCCUGGCUGAGCAGGAACAGCGGAAACCCUUUUUAAUGACCAGAGAACACUUUUGGGAGUAGGGUAACAACCCGAGUGGGCCUCUGUUAUAACACUGCCUAUUGCGUAAGGACUGCUUUGAGAACACGCAAGUUCACUGUAGCCAGCCCAGGUACCUGUCUUAUGAAGCAACACAGGGAAGAAGGCACAUGUCUUCUCAGUGGUACCAAAUCCUUCUAAAACUGGGCUCUUCCUGCCUCCUAAACAGGAACAUCCAGGAGGCAGCCUCUUCUGAAAUUAAUUCAUACGGCCCCCAUUGAUCAUGAUCUCUCUUUCCCUGCCAUAACCUUCCCUUAGAGCUCCUCCUCACAAGCUAUCCCUCUUCGCUGCAGAGGCUGGACACUUUUUGUGCAUUAUCAGAAAACACACCGAGGAAACAGCGUUCACUGUGUUAAUGGGUGGAGCUCGUUGGGGUGAAAUACUGAAUUAUUCCAUGUAACUGGGAGACUUGCCUUUUAUAUUCCUUAUUAAAGACAAUAUUUGACUUCA